CAGAGCGCGAGCGGUAGAUAGGUUCUGGCUAAGAGAAAGAAGCCGGAACGGGUGAGAAAAAAAAGGGGGGUGGGGAAGAUAACACACCAAACGAAGACGUUUUCACCUCAUAAAACCGCCGUAUUGGGUUCAUAGCCGCAACAAAGCUGCUGGGACGUGCGUGUGGAUUUUUGUUCCUCGAGGAAGAUGGCUCAGCGGGUCCGUCGGAACGGCUCACCGACUAGCGCAAUGAGCGGCAGCAGUGGCGGCGGUAGUAGUAGUAGUGGUGGUAAUAAUAGUAGUAAUAGUACUAGUGGUGGUGUUGGCCGGCCUCAGCCCAUGAGGGCCACCGUACCGUUUCAGUUGAAGCAGGGCAGCCCGACGAGAUGUGUUGGUGGAGCGGGGCGGCAGCAGCAGCAGCCGGCGGCCCCCUCGCGGAGCAGCCCCACCAGGAGUCAGCAGCAGCAGACGGCCCCCUCGCGGAGCAGCCCCACCAGGACUCAGCAGCAGCAGACGGCCCCCUCGCGGAGCAGCCCCACCAGGACUCAGCAGCAAAUGCACCAGGCGGCCGCCGCCACUACCAUCUCUCCUUGCUCCUCGCCCACUCCUCUGUGGGCCUCCGGGGCAGAUUCUUCACGGGUCAGACACAGGAAAUCUCCAGAACACAAGGGCUCCCCGGAAAGGAAGAGCCCAAAUUCUCCUAUCUGCAAAGUUGAAAGAUCACGUCAGUCUCUGGUGAGCCCCUCCAGUAACAUCCGCCGAACAUCAUCAUUGGACACGCUUGCAGCUCCCUACCUCACUGGCCAGUGGCCACGUGAUUCCCACAGCCAUUCUGCUCCUUGUGUGAGAGAUAAAGCUACACAGACUCCAAGCGCCUGGGCAGAAGAGAGCUCUGAAAAGAAGAAAGGAUCCCACAAACGCUCAGCAUCGUGGGGGAGCAAUGAUCAAUUGAAAGAGAUUGCAAAAUUACGUCAACAGCUUCAACGCAGCAAACAGAGCAGUCGGCACCACCGAGAUAAAGAGAGACAAUCUCCUUUCCAUGGCAACCAUAUAGCCAUUAUCCAAUCACAGGCACCCAUUCCAAAGACUGUUUUGAUUCCAGUGGCAAUUCCUAUUUCCAAGUCGACGGUUUCCCGAUUCCGCAACAGUGUUGAGGGUCUUAACCAGGAGAUUGAGCGAAUUAUUAUCAAGGAGAGUGGGGACAAAGAGGAGCAGAUGAUGAUUCCGCAAGAUACUCCAGAUGGUCAUCGCGCUCCUUUUCCUGUACAACAGCGGAGCAGCAGUACCCGCAGUAUUGACACUCAGACCCCAUCAGCAAUGGAUCGGAGCAGUACCAGCAGCAGCCGGUCCCAGUCCGUUUCACCAACAUUCCUCACCAUACCCAGCGAGGGUAGUGGAGAGAGCCCAUGUUAUACCGAAGACCUGCUUACAGAUGGCAGAGAGAAAGAAAGUGGGACUAGCUCUCCACUACCCAAGUAUGCCUCCUCUCCGAAACCGAACAACAGCUACGACUUCAAACGCGAGCCACCAGAAGGUUGUGAAAGGGUGAAAGCUUUUGAGGAAUCUUCACCAAAGCAGCUGCAUGAAAUUCCUCAGUUCUUCUGUCCAGAUAAAAAUAAGGUGAACUUUAUCCCAAAAAGUGGCUCUGCUUUUUGUCUGGUCAGUAUCCUGAAGCCGCUCCUGCCCACGCAAGAUCUUACACUGAAGGGCUCCAAUCAUGGCCUCAUUGUCCCUGCAGCAGUCAUACCCACAGUAUCGCUGGCACAACCUAUCCCUCUGCCAACGCAUAUGGAGCAAGAUAGAAUUUCAAGAGGAACCUGCAUGGGCCACCUGCAGGCUUCGGUACACCAGCAGUCAGCACAGACAGACGAGUUGGAGAAGUGAACCAGUGAAGCAGGCCUUCGCUGGGGAGACCUACAGCAACAUCGCAUACCUGCAGCUCUACAACUUGGCAAUAAGGUUUCAGGCCCAGGGUACAGGCAAA